UUUCUAAACCGUCGCCAUUUUGAAUGCCGUGAGUGGGGAUUUACAGUACGCAAAUAUCUAAUUACAUAUAUGUUAUAGGCCAAAAACAGUGCACAAAUUACAAGAAAAUGAUAUUAUGUGUUUAGUGUCUUAGUGGGUGAUUUAAAGUGUAAUUUCUUACGGUAAUAUAGUGAUAUAAACAAGUUUGUGGCGGCUUCUCAGAAGCGCGUGGCCUCUGUAAUAAAGUAGCCUUUGUUCAUUACCUCUGUGGAGCUAAGGUGAGGAGAUUACGUGGACGUCGUAUGAUGAUCACUAUGAUGUGCACAUGAGCGGCUCCGCCAUGAGGGGGACAACCGCGCGUCAGAAAUAGCCUGGGGCGCGACAUAGUUAUCCAAAGCUUCUGCGGUUUCCAAAGGGCAAUAUUUUAAGCUAGCCCUUACACGGAAGUCAACGAAAAGCGGUUACAAUUGAAAUUUAGUUAAAAAGAAUCUUGUGCAAAUGGACUAAGCUGUGUAGGUUUUGUUGUAUUCCAUGAGUUAUUAGUGAUAUCUCAAAAACAAGUGACUUAAUAAACUCUUUUACAUAUAAUAAAGUGAAUUCUAUUUUUGUAUAAAUUGACAUUUAUCAUUUGCAAAAAUGAUGCCCAAACGUGCACGUAUGGACUCGUUAAGGGGCCCUAUUGCUAAUGGACCGAUGCAGACACGGCCACUUGUCGCUUUACUUGAUGGCCGAGAUUGCUCAAUAGAAAUGCCUAUUUUAAAAGAUGUAGCAACAGUAGCCUUUUGUGACGCUCAGAGCACAUCAGAAAUUCAUGAGAAGGUGCUUAAUGAGGCUGUAGGUGCCUUAAUGUGGCACACAAUUAUAUUAACAAAAGAAGAUCUUGAAAAAUUCAAAACGCUGAGGAUUAUAGUUCGUAUUGGAAGUGGCGUAGAUAAUAUUGAUGUGAAAGCCGCAGGAGAGCUAGGUAUUGCGGUCUGCAACGUUCCAGGAUAUGGCGUUGAAGAAGUGGCCGAUACAACUUUGUGUCUGAUACUUAACUUGUAUAGACGAACUUAUUGGCUAGCAAAUAUGGUGCGAGACGGUAAAAAGUUCACAGGACCUGAACAAGUCAGAGAAGCAGCGCAGGGGUGCGCACGAAUUCGUGGUGAUACAUUAGGAAUAGUGGGCUUGGGUCGUAUUGGAAGUGCCGUAGCUCUUAGGGCUAAAGCUUUUGGAUUUAAUGUAAUAUUUUAUGAUCCAUAUUUACCUGAUGGAAUUGAAAAAUCGCUCGGCCUAACGCGCGUGUACACGUUACAAGACCUGCUUUUUCAAAGCGACUGUGUUUCGUUACAUUGCACACUUAAUGAACAUAAUCACCAUCUUAUCAACGAAUUUACAAUAAAACAAAUGCGACCAGGAGCAUUUUUAGUGAACACAGCACGUGGUGGCCUCGUUGACGACGAUGCUCUAGCCGCCGCUCUCAAGCAAGGACGUAUAAGAGCCGCUUCUCUCGAUGUACAUGAGAAUGAACCUUAUAAUGUUUAUCAGGGACCCUUAAAGGAUUCUCCAAAUCUUCUAUGCACACCACAUGCUGCAUUUUAUAGUGAUGCCUCAGCAACUGAGUUACGUGAAAUGGCUGCCAGUGAGAUACGACGAGCUAUUGUUGGUCGCAUUCCUGAAUGUUUGAGAAAUUGUGUAAACAAGGAAUAUUUUUCACCAGCUACGCAGGGUUAUCCCGAAGGUAGCAAACUAUCUGGAAUAAAUGGCGGCUAUUACGCAGGUGCUUUACCUGUUCAGCAAGCGCAUAGUACUACACCACAUGAGGCUCCUCACAGUGCAGCUCCCAGCCAUGUGCCUGCCGUUCCGACUGGUGGGGGCGGCCCUCCUCCACAGUCCGUUGCUGCUCCAGUGACGCCUGUGGCUCCUCCACCGCCACAGGGUAUACCCACGCACGCUAUGCCUCUCAGUGCCCCCGAUCCGAGCAAUCACCACUCUCAGAAACCUGAAUCAUCAGAAGUACAUUAACAUCUUAAAGAUUUACCUUAAUUAAAUUUAACCGUAUACAUUUCGAUUUAACUGUAUUGUUUAUAAUUGUUUGAUAUAUUUAUGAAUUAAUUUCAUUUAUCAAGAUACUCCUUGGUAGGCAAAGAAGUAUAUGAAAACAUUAUGAUGUAAUUUAGCAAAUUUUUGAAAAUGACUGGAAGAUAUUCAAAUGAUUAUUGACGUUAGUACUGUUUUCUCAUACAGAAUACCAUUGAUGGGUUAACAUAAUGUGUAAUCUGAAAAUACAUCUGAUCGGAUAUCCACGAUAUGUUGAAAAAUGUGUAAAAGUGGUGAAGCUGAGGAUGAAAUAAAAUGUGCUUGAACUGUGAAAACGUAAAUGCAUGGUAAAAAAUGGUUGAUUUUAUGAAAUGGACCCUUUAAACAGAGAAUACUAAAAAAUAUUUUUAAGGUAUAAGUUUAAUUUUUAAGGAGUAAAUUGUUAUUAUAGUUGAUUGGGGUGGAUCAGUAUUUAAA